GCUUUGCGCCAUCAAACAUCUCGUCGCAUCUGAUUCUGUGAACAAGUAGUCAAGAUGCCGAAAUUCUUCUGCGAUUACUGCGAUGUCUACCUCACUCACGACAGUAUGAGUGUGAGAAAGGCCCACAACAGCGGUCGUAACCAUCUCCGAAACGUAGUCGACUACUACCAACAAAUCGGCCACGAAAAAGCACAAUCAGUCAUCGACAGUAUCACCUCAUCAUACGCCGCUGAAGGACAAGCAAGCGCGAAUCCUAUGUUGCCUGGUGGAACCCACGCCGGUGUAGCAGCCAUGCCCUUCGGCUUCCCUCCUGGCAUGCCUCCUCCAUUUGGCGCUCCCGGUGCUCCCCCGAUGCCAGCAGGUCGUGGUAUGCCGCCAUUCCCGUUCCCUCCGAACGGAAUGCCUCCUUUCCCUCCCAAUGGCAUGCCGUUCCCUCCUCCGACUCCCGGUGCAGCUGGAUCACCACCUCAAGGCAUGCCUUUCCCUCCUCCUGGCGGUAUGCCCUUCCCUCCACCUGCUGGUAUGCCUUUCCCGCCUAUGGGUGGCCCUAGCCCUAUCCAUGGCGCUGGACUUCCCCCACCUGGAAUGCCCAUGUCGCACGACCCAAGACGCCAAUAGGAAGGCCACCGGGAUCAGUCUGCACGCAAUCCAUACGCCCAGAACCAAUACGGCCACGCACAGGAGCAAGAAAUCCCCAUGCGUUACGCGGCACAGCAAUAGGAAGCUGCCGCCGACACAGCUCGAAUGGACUCGAGAGAUAGCAGAAGGGAAGCAAGCUCGAACACGGCGCAGUCAUGGGACGCGAGAGCUGGAGAGAAGAGAAAAUGUUGAUUAUGCUUAGGACGGCGUUCAAGAGAGGAUCGAAUCUGGCAGGCGCAUACGGAGUAGAGCAAGGAAAGAGGCAAGGGCAAUGCAUUGGCAUAAUAUAUCACUUCAGCUUUGUAGAGACAGCAUGCCCGCUGAGGCAGCGCAACAAACUAUAUUUUGAUUCC